UUCCCCGUAGCUGCGAGGUUCAGUCGGACUCGUGCUUCGACAGAAGCAACCAAGAGUAUCCUCUGUCACCUCCUUUCCUCCUCGGCAUCGCAUUGGAGGCGGCGAUUUCCCAACCACGAGUCGAUCUCCUCCUCUCGGAGCGGCAGCGAAUCUGACAACUCCUAGCCGAGCGGAGGCGGCGAGUCCAUGAUGGUCGCCGCCGGCGGAGUCUGACAUGCCCAACCGCUCCGCCGCUGCAUCGUCGUCGCCCCUCUCCCCCGCCGACGGCUUCCUCCGCGUGAAGGACGGCGUGGACGAGAUGAUCGAGUACGUCGCCAACGAGCCCUCCGUCGGACUCUACUUCGUCCAGCAGCACGCCCGGGCGUCCAUGCCCCUCCUCCUCGACGUCAAGGGUAAGGUCGUAGAAAAGACUCAUGAGGUAACACUGCAUACUGAAGACAUGGAAGAUUCUAUUUGUGCUGUGAGAUCCAUGGCUGAGUUUGGACUUCCACUUGCUGAUGAUAUGAUCAAGGACAUAAAUAAAUCUCUGCAAAUAAUGUCAAAGGCCCAACCAAAGAGAGGGUUGAUCCAGAACCCCAGUUGGGGGUUCCAAUUCGGCAAAAGCCCAGGAACAUGGGAUGAUUUGAGUGCGGCCAAUGGAGGAAGUAGCCAGAACUACCUUUCUUCCAUGUUCAACACUGCCAAGCGAAAGGCAUCUGGUCUCAGAUGGCCACAGCCCGAUUUUACAACAAAAGAUGACAGUAGUGAGAAUUCAGCAUCAUCUGUCGCGCCAGAAUCAUCACAAGCUGGUGGACAAGGUGCAUCUAUGCCAGAUACAGAAAGGGAUGAACUCCCCAUUUCAAGCCAGUUGUCAGAUGGUAGAACUGCUACAAACCAGAGCUUGCCUGCUACUGAUAUCUCCAAAAUGGUGGAGACUUACAAUAAGUUCAAAGAAGAACAAGAACUCAAACUGCAGGAAUGGCUUAGAGAGUCUGAAGAAGCUGAAGACAAUAAGGAGUGAGGAGGUUAUAGCUGCUUCAGCUUUGCGCCAAAAAGAGUGCAUCGGAACAUACCAUAUAUCCGACUGCAUGCAUUUCCAACUUAAAAACAGAACACGUUGUCUGUUCAUGAAGCAGAGCGUGUAAUUAUGGAGUGUAUAGAUGGCGAGAAAACACUGUAAUUUGUCAUAUUCUCUACGAUAUUGUUUUAUUGAUUUAUGAGGCAGAGAGAUCAUCAGUGUGUACUGUAAAACAGUCUGAGAAAAUAAAGCACGCAUCUUCUUCA